GCGUCGCAGCAUCGCGGACCCACAUCGUGUCCGGCCCAGGGUUCGCUCUCUGCCGGCAUUUCGCGCCCAAACGCGGCGUCGCGCAGCAAGUGGUCUCCCGGCUGUCCGUGGCUCCCCGCUGCUACCACCGUUUAUACGUCUGUGAGAAGUGCUCUGUGGACGUGUAGUGACUGCAGAUAAGAAGACAAAACCACUGUUGACGCUGCUUUGUUUGUUAUGACGUCUGUCUGAAAGGAGGCGAUGCGGUGGUUCCGGAAGGGCAGCGGCGACUCCCCGCGCCUGCUCAGCCUAUCGCCGCUGCGCAGCGUAGACCCUAUCGACGCGGACGUCGACACCACCGCCGCGGACUGUGUGCCCAACCGGCGGUCCCGUAUAGACAUGUCACCGGUGAGGUGGCGGCGGCCGGAGGCGCGCUGCUGGUCACCACAACGCAGCAACAAGGUGCACCCCUCCCCGGAGCACCUGCAAACGCCUGCCUCUGGCGCUGGGGCCAGCGCUGCCUGCCGUGAGAAGAGGAACCCACUACUCGAGCGCGUCAAGACAACGCGCCUCUCCUGCUUCUCCCAGGAUGACUGCCGCCGUGGCCUGCUGCUCGAUGGCUCGCAGGACACAGAUGAUAUCCUGACGACAACACCACCACAUGCUAGCACAGUGCAUCAAAGUGAUGAGCUGCAGCACCAAAAUAGUGCACUGCAGGUGGCGACUUCCACUCCCACCACCACCACUGUUGCUGCUGGCAGGCUCAGCGUCUUUUGUGUGUCAGCGUCUAAUGAGAAUGUCUUCUAUGGUGAACCUUCAUCUGCUAGGGCACGCUGGCGAAGAAGCCACGGGGGUGGUGGCAGCACUGACUCAUCAUGUCUUUCUGCAAAACUACGUGCCAUGUCUGAGCGCUACCUCCGGACAUCUACAAGCAGACUCCUGGCCAAACUAUACCGGCACAGUACUCCUACUCCUAGACCUGCUCCUGAGCCAGAAGUGGAUCUAGGGACUGAACUAGGAGGUGGUGAUAGUGGUGGCACCAGAACAGCAGAGGAUGGCUCUGAUGCACAGGAGCAGCAGCAUCAGCAGCAACAAAAAGUAAUGAAGAGCCGUGCACGAUCUGGCAGUACGUGUACUGAAGCUAAGCUGCGAAGCUUUUCGUAUGGUGCACUGCCUGGGAUUGAUGACUUCCAGCGCAGGCAUAACCCCAUAUUCUCUGACGAUGAUGAAGAUGGGGACAGUGGGAUCCUGGUGAGUGAUUCAGCCAACUCAUCCGUGGAUGAAGGUUGUUCACUGGCACUCACAGACAGGCAACGACGACGGCAGCGGGCACCCGAAAUAGAGAAAACUCCUGACCGCACAAGCCCGACACCACCUCUGCCACCGCCACCUGUACCACCACAUGGAGCAGCUGCUGCUGAGACACGUGUUGUGACUCUCAUGCGAGACCACCCUGGACAAGGACUGGGCAUCUUCAUUGCGAAGACACGUGCAGCUCACCGUGCUGCUGCUGGUUAUGUUGUGGCACACAUUGUGCCUGGUGGGCUUGCACAUAGGGAGGGCAGUCUGCGUAUAGGUGAUGAAAUCGUCAAUGUGAAUGGACGGCGGCUGAGAGGGCUGAGCAUGUCCGGAGCACGUGACGCACUGCGCACGGGCCCACGUCAUGUUGACCUGGUUGUUGUGGCACGUGACCCUGAAGCAGCACUAGCACUUGUUGGCACAGCACACAAUGCAGAUGCUGAUCCUGAAACAGAAGCAGAUGCCGAGUGUGAGCAGCGAAUGCAGCAGCAGCAAUCAACAGUGGGGCGGGGUCGCAGUAUGCGUGAGACAUGUGUCGACUAUGAAAAUGUGGUGCUCACUACAGUGGGUGGCCAGUCACGACUGAUAUCUGUUGGCACUGGCAGUGAGGAUACUCUUGUUGCAGAGGUGGAAAACGAUGGUAUCAGUUCUCCAGAUUUGUCAUUGCCAUCCCAACCUUCAUCUCAGCUUCAGGAAGAACAGCAGCGUAGACAAAGCAGAGAGGAGGAAGAAGGAGAGCAUGUGACACAUUUCCAAAAGCACAGUGCAAGUGGACGACGUGACAGAGACAGACUUCGGGCUGCUUGUCGAAGCCACGGCACACUGCUAGACGAUUCGCCACCUUCCAACUUCUGCACGCUACCACGCCGGCCUCGCUCUACACUUGCCACAUUCCAUACAAUAAUUUUCCAGAAGGGGCCAGGGAAGAAAAGUCUUGGUUUCACUAUUGUAGGUGGCCGUGAUUCCCCACGUGGUGCAAUUGGCAUCUUUGUUAAGAGCAUUUUGGAGGGUGGCCAGGCUGCUGAUGAUGGCAGGUUACGUGCAGGUGAUGAAGUUCUUGCUGUUAAUGGACAAGUGUGUCAUGAUCUCACACAUUCCGAGGCAGUAGCACUUUUCAAAAAAAUCAAGACUGGGACAGUUGCACUGCACAUCUGCAGGAGGGUUCGCACAAAAGAAAUGUCGACCAAGGCAAAAUCAUGUACUGACCUAGUGCAGACAGCAGGAUCAGGAGAAUGAUUGUACUAUACAAGAGAAUCAGAGUUACCAGGGAAGACAGUCUUAUCUAAUGGCAGAACUUACUGAUCUCCCCACUGAUGUUGAGGUGACAAUCAGUCUCAUCUCCUUUCCGAAGACUUUGUUAUUGUUUUAAUGUAAUAUAUGUUCAUGUGUACAAUAAAUGUGUAAUACAAUAUGAAA